CUCAUCGCGUUUCUGUCCCCCUUACUGGUCAUUGCCCUGGCGAGGGUGUUGGUGAACGCUGGCCGAGAAGACACGCGGGAAGCCUGCCUAGCUGCCAGCCUUGCGCUUGCCCUGAACGGGGUUUUUACAAAUGUCCUGAAGCUCAUUGUGGGCAGGCCACGGCCCGAUUUCUUCUAUCGAUGCUUCCCGGACGGGCGAGCGAACGCGGAGCUGGUGUGCACGGGUGACCCCGACAUAGUGACCGAGGGACGCAAGAGCUUCCCCAGCGGACACGCGUCAUUUGCCUUUGCCAGUCUUGCCUUCUGUGCCUUCUACAUAGCCGGAAAACUGCGCUGCUUCACUCCUGGCCGGGGAGGCCGCGCUCUGCGGCUCCAUGUGUUGGUUGGCUCAGCGAUCGGCUUCGUGCUGGCAUACCUGUGCUACAGGCAGGAUUACCCUCCUCUGACG